CCUCCCGCAGAAAAGCCGUACUUCCUGGAGCCGAUCAGCAACGUGACGGUGGCCGCGGGGAGGGACGUGAGGCUGGCGUGCGUCGUGGACCACCUCAGCAACUUCAAGCUCGCGUGGAUACAGAGAGACAGGUCAGCCAUCCUCACAGUCGGCAACCACGUCAUCACCAGGAACGACCGCAUCGGCGUCUCCCACGAUGGCCACCGCACCUGGUACCUGACGAUCAAGGACGUGAGGCCGGGCGACGCGGGGACCUACAUAUGCCAGAUCAACACCGCAGUCGCUAUCAGUCAGACGGGGCACCUUAGCGUCGUGGUGCCGCCCUACAUCAAGGACGAGAUGAGCAGCAACGACGUGACGCUGCAGGAGGGCCAGAACGUGACGCUCGUGUGCAGUGCUCGUGGCUCGCCCGUCCCCAGCAUUAUGUGGCGGCGGGAGGAUCGGAGUGACAUCAGCGUCAACCUCACAGCCAGCAAGGAGGUGCUCGGGCCUCUGCUUCACCUGUACAAAGUCAGCCGGACGGACAUGGGCGCUUACCUGUGCAUCGCCUCCAACGGCAUCCCGCCCUCCGUCAGCAAGCGCAUCGACGUGGUCAUCAUGUUCCUUCCCACCGUCUACGUGCCGCACCAGCUGGUCGGCGUGUACCUCGGCCAGAACGUCACCAUUGAGUGUUACAUUGAGGCGUGGCCGAAGGGACUCAACUACUGGAAGCGCCCCAACGGUCUGGAGGUCCUGCACUCCGAUAACAAGUACGAGGUGAAGGAGGUCGAAGGGUCUCAGAAGUACAAGACUCGCAUGCUGCUGACGAUCUACCGCGUGUCCAAGACUGACAUAGGGAAGUACAACUGCAUCGCCAACAACAGCCAGGGCGGCGCCGAACAGGUUGUGCGCGUGUCCGAUACAGGUCUCGUACAACCCAACCGCAACACCAUCAACAAGGGAGGUUACGAGACGAAGGAGAACAGCAUCGGCAAACCAGCUAUCCCGGCAGUGAACUGGAGCAAGGCGAACGAGCCCCAGACCCCGCAGAAGGACGAGAUCGAGGACCACCGGAAGGCGUCUCAGCGCAGCCACAGCUCACACCAGCAGCACACGACCAAGAUGCUGCAGAACACAAACAUCGACUUCAACUCCCUGCUGCCGUCACCUUCUUCAGCGCCUCCGUCACCCAGAUGUUCGAGGGCUUGGACAACCCUCAUAACGGCCUCCCUCGCCUCUAUGACCCUCCUUGUGGUAUCGAACUCACUACCGCAGGCCCGAAGGAGGUUCUUGGCGCCCUUCCUGCUCAUCGGCGGCGCCCUCGUCCUCCUGUAGGGGCCCCAGGUGCUCCCCGCUGGCACUCGCCGAUGUAGUUUACCUGUAGCUUCGUUUAUAGGAUGUGGUUCGUGAGUUUUUGUCUUCUCACCUGUCGGGGAUGUGAGGCGAGGCGCGAAGGUGUGGUGGGUGGUGUGUGUGUGUGUGUGUGUGUGUGUGUGUGUGUGUGUGUGUGUGUGUGUGAAGUGAAAAAAUAACAGAACAAUGACAAAAUCCAGUUCAGAGUUGUCUACGUAAUUCCUUCCCGUGUGUGUGUGUGUGUGUGUGUGUGUGUGUGUGUGUGUGUGUGUGUGUGUGUGUGUGUGUGUGUGUGUGUAUGCCCACCCACCCACACUUCCAUUCUUCCCGUGAGGCCUGUCCGUGAUGGGUCUUCGUUUGAUGGUUGGUUGGCUCGUUGGUUCGCCCUUUUUUUCUAUAUGUGAGGUUGUCUAUCAAUCUAUCUAUCUAACUAUCUCUAUUUAUCUAUCUGUGUAUUCAUAUAUUUCCCUAUCUAUCUAUCUCUCCUACUCGUUCUCUAUAUCUGUCUAUCUAUCUAUCUGUCUGUUUGUCUCCUACGCGUUCUUUAUAUCUGUCUAUCUAUCUAUCUAUCUGUCUGUUUGUCUCUCCUGUGCGUUCUGGCUCCCGCAAACAUCGAAGUGUCACUUGUGGCUCACGAGGGGCGCCGAGCUGCCAAGAGAGAGUGGACUGCUUCCUCGGACAAUACGUAAUACUGCUAACGUAACGAUAUACUGCUGAUAAGGAUAAUACUGUCUUGUUUAAACAGAGUACUUUUCCUAGCGGGUAACUUAUGAUUAAGGUGUGUGUGUGUGUGUGUGUGUGUGUGUGUGUGUGUGUGUGUACGCCAAACAUUUCGGCAUAUAAGAGCGGUUUUAGUGUGUGUGUGUGUGUGUGUGUGUGUGUGUGUGUGUGUACGCCAAACAUUUCGGCAUAUAAGAGCGGUUUUAGUGUGUGUGUGUGUGUGAGUGUGUGUGUGUGUGUACGCCAAACAUUUCGGCAUAUAAGAGCGGUUUUAGUGUGUGUCUGUGUGUGUGUGUGUGUGUGUACGACAAAAAUUUCGGCAUAUAAGAGCGGUUUUAGUGUGUGUCUGUGUGUGUGUGUGUGUGUGUGUGUGUGUACGCCAAACAUUUCUGCACAUAAGAGCGGUUUUCAGUGUGUGUGUGUGUGUGUGUGUGUGUGUGUGUGUGUGUGUGUGUGUGUGUGUGUGUGUGUGUGUGUGUGUGUGUGUGUGUGUGUGUGUGUGUGUGUGUGUGUGUGUGUGUGUGUGUGUGUGUGUGUGUGUGUGUGUUUCCCGUGCACCAGGUGAAUGUGGCGCUGUGUGCAGGUGUCACCACACAGUGCCUGCGGUGGGGGGGAGGGGGGGGAGGGGUACCCGGACCCACUCACUGACCACUGUUCCCGCGUCGUCAUCACAAGUCGUCACCACAAGUCGUCUCCUCCGUGUGGGCGGCGGGUCGUGGAAGGGAAAUCCCCGCAACACAAACACCUGGCCCGGCAAGGCGUGUCAGGUGUGCCGGGAGACCGUUUUUCUGAUGUUACUCCUGACGACACGACGACGGCGACGCAGCGCGAGGUGUCGGCAGCGGCGUUCCUCCUUCUCCCGCUGCUGAUGAUGAUGAUUAUGAUGAGCCUCGCCCGCCAUCUUGCCUCCCUCGCGGCGGCUCUGGGCGAAUCUCGAUCUUCUUCCUCCCGUGCUGCCCUCGUGGCCUCGCGGGGGGCGGGGGGAAGGUCAUAUACAUACAGUGCCAUAUUGGAGCUCUUUCCACGUUAAUGUUUGUAAUGGAUAAUAUAAAGUUUGUGCUGCAGAUCAUUAUUAUUACCACUAUCAUAUCUCUCCCCCGAUAGACUGCCAAGUAUAACGUUCUGUAUACAUGUUCCGGCGCGGCCCCCAGCGUGAGGGCGCGCCGGUGUACAUAUCUCCUGUACAUACUGACGCAGACUUGUAGGUGUGUCCCGAUGUGCGUGUAUCCCUCGGCCGGACUCCUGUAGACCCGAAUUGGCCUCCUUCGUGCUGCUUGGUUGGUUGUGUCAAGGUUCCUGCCGCGGCGUGUUUGGAAGCAUAUCAUUUACCUGGCGGCGGCGGUGGCGGCGGAGGGGACGUCUUCAGGCUCCCCCUCGCCGGCCACCCCCGUCCCGGCUUUUCAUUUCGUCACUUUCCACUUUGUCCGUCUUCCAAGGCAGGCGGCGAGGGACGCCCCGGGCCUGGUGGCUAGCGUACAGGUUGUCUCCUGGUUUUUAGUAAUCUGUACCUGAAGUGUCUUGUGUUGAAAAUAAAGACUAACAGAAAAGA